AUGGCUCGUGUGAAACAAACCCAGCCACAUACACCUUCACCUUCUUCAUCUUCAACAAGUGAAACUCCUUCACCACCACAAACACUAACAAAGAGAGUUCCGAUUCCAACACACAAAAUUCUUGCAAAGGACAAGGGAAAGGCUCCUGCUCCUAUUCCAGAAAAGACCAAGAAACGAAAGGAACCUCCUACUGAAAAAUUGAUGGCUGAUGCAAUGAAAGAGAUUGCUCAAAAGAGAAAGAAGCAACCCAUUCCUUCACCCCCUGCAAAGAAGAAAACCAUUUCUUCACCCCCUGCUAAGAAGGUCCCUGCACCAAAAGAAAAGGAACCUCAAUCCUCCAUAUCACCUGAUUUCGUAAAAAGAAAAAUCCAAGAAGCAAGGACAAUGGAUUUUCCUUAUUUUGAUGAUGUCGA